CGCGGACUGAUAGCAUUUCAAUAGUCUGAAUCAGAGCCGAUAUAUCCGGUUCAACUCGAGACUUUCCCUGCCUGUGAGGCUUACAAUCUUUUGACUACAACAUGCUAUUCAAAGGCAGUUGUUAGUUGAUGGCCGGAUGAGGAUGGCAAGAAAACGUUGUGAUGGUUGCUUUGGCAGAGGUUGCAAUGUCUACACUAACACCACCGCCCUAGCUGAACAGCAAUUCAGAGGCCAUUUUCAACGCCAUCUUUUCAAGGGUCUAGGGCGAGACCCCAGCUCAGUCGUGAGAUAAGGCUGACUGGGGUAGAAGGAGGGAAAUAUAUAUGGGAAUGUUAUUAUCGUUCUCGUUCUGAUAUGUUUCCUCCGUAGCAACGAUCUACACACAUUAUAUCGUUCUGCAAACGGCAUAUCAUGAUCAUUACCUCGAUAAGCACGGCUGAAGUCCGAGUGGUUCUUCGUGUAUAUUUCCUCGUUAUCCUUGCCCUGACAGGUUUCUUUGUACGCAGGGUUCUCCAUGGUCGCAACAAGCUUCGCAUAUUGGGUGGAAGUAGCAUCCUGGCCACGCGGGCACUCAAUUCUCUUGAUGGGCUGGACCUUUUGCUUGCUCCCCUGAAACUCCGAGCUCUUCCUAGCGGUGCAUUUGGCUUCUCCUUCUUACUCUUCUUGUUUGUCCUGGGGAAAGCUGCCGAUCUUCUCACGUCCUACCUCGUUGUCAACCGCUUGAUCCAAUCACGCUGCUCGUUCGGUCAGGGCCUUGUCUUUGACGAUGGUACAAAUCUUCCCAUGCCGCCAUUCAACGGACGGCCUUUCCAAGUUGUGCAGAAUGCACAGUUGUUGGCCGUCAAUAACUCAUGUCCUUACGGUCUCUACAAGAAACUGAAUGCAGAUUCAAGCUUCUGCCCAGAGAAUAGAGACAUUCUCGGAUCAUGGAACUGCAACAUCGUCAACGACCAGACACCGCAGAGCUGGCCGUCUGGAACGAACUCUUCAGAUAUCGCUCGGUCCAUGAAUCAGAAAGGACUGAUAUACGACAAUGGCUACGUCGAACAAACCCAGUGGUCAUCUGGAUUCGUUAACCACCUCGUUAUCUGGAGCACGUCCGCAACUCUCGACAGCGACGGGUCUUUGUGGUCUGUCAAAGCAGCCGUCGAAACAACGUACAAGUCAGAGGAUGAUAUCCAGCUGACUCCACUAACUUGCUCCGUCUCAGCAUCAGGUGCAGAGCAAACCAUAAGAGGCAUGGCAUCUGGAACAGCUCUGAAAGAAUGGGUCCCGACUUUUCAAGGUUUGAUGUACAACGGUUUCAACACCACCGCCAUCCAGGACGUACAAGAUGCACUGGCAAUACUGUUGAAUACCAUGACUAUGAUAUCCGGUGGAAACAACUACCUUCUCGCUGAGCCGGGACCAGGCCAAGACAAGACCCAGGGAUGUCUUGCAAGUGCAGCGUACGUCCCAACCGUCAUUGUGGUCAUCUUCCUCGCUGUGGCAGGUCUUGGUAUCACGGCGUUUGUUGCAUGGUGCAUAACCUCAAUCCGUCUAUUCCGAUCCCCAUCUGAGUUGGAGGCACUCCCCCUGAGCGCUGAAGAGUGGGCAACUUUUGCAGCGAGAGAAUACCUCAGUACUGCGAACAACAAUCACAGUGUUGUCGUGGCACCAGUGGAGACUUUUGAGUUGAAGAGCUUCAGCGUCGGAUUCUCUCAGCCUAAUAUUGGAAGAAUAGGCAUGUUCCAGAGAAGGCAAGGGAAUCUUUUGAAUCAGUGAGGUUUUUCAAAGCAAUGGAAUUCCUUUGGGGAGAAAAAAUGAAUCAACU